CAGAUGACAGUUCUUCGUUUUUAUCACAGAACUAAACACGAAAAUUGUGAUUAUUUUAAUUUUAUUAUGAAAAGAAGUGAAAUGGUUAACGAUUGUAUGUAAAUAACAACGAAAACGUAUUAAUGCAUAGAAUAUCAAGAUUUCAAUAGUAAGAUGCAGUUAGAUUGAUAUGAAAUUUUAUAUGUAAAAGAGAAAAACAGUGCUGUUGUACCAGAUCACAAACUUAAAGAAAUGAGUAAUGCUAGAGGUGCCAAUGCAAUGAACAAUCUACCAGCUGGUGUCAACCCAGAGAACAAUCUACUGCCUGGUGGACCAAUCAUAAACCAAGCAAUGAAUAGAAAUAGAAAUAAUAACCAGAACCCUUUAUUCAAUGUAAGAGAGAGAUUGUUCCAUGCAUUAUUCUUUAAAUUUGCAAUAGCAUAUGCCCGCACAUUCCCUCGACCUGUGCGGAGAUUCUUUGAAUUCCUAGUGCUCUUAAAAGCACUUAUAGCAUUCUUUGUGCUUGCAUACAUACAUAUAGUGUUCUCGAGAACACCCACAACAUGUUUGAAUCAUGUGAAAGACUCGUGGCCGAGAGAUGGUAUUCUGAGAGUGGAAAUAUUGAGGAAUCCAGCAAAUGAUUACACAAUUGAACAAAGCUAUGCUAAGGAAAGGAAAUUAAAAAAGGAUAAGGAGGAAUUUAUGCUAGGAAUGCUGGCUACAGAGGGAUUCAUAAACAUAGAAUCAUCAACAAACGAAGAUAUAGAGGAAGACGAAUAUUUGCGUGAUGGAACAGACUAUGGUAAUAUAACACGCAUACACGACGAGAAUGAAGAUUCACAGAACCAGGUGAUAGAGACCGGGUUCUUUGUAGACAGUAAACCGGAGUUGAAUGAACCAACUGAUCUCAAUCAAACUAUUAUACCGGGUGAAGAGGUGGAGCCAACAUCUUCUAUAUGGGAAGGCAUUAUGGGUCUUGUAGAAGAUAUUGAUAGGGAUUCUAAACUUGUUGAUGAGUCCCUCGAUGAGUCGGCACUCAAUGAUUCAUCAAAAGAUGAAGAUUAUAUUCUAGAAUAUUCUCUGGAAUAUGGGUUCCUACGACUUUCGCCGAGCGCGAGACUUCGUCUAAAAAUUCCCGUCAAAAUCGUCACAUUGGACCCGCAGAAGGACGAAUGUUUCGGCGACACGUUCUCACGUUUCGUUCUCGACGAGUUCUUGGGCUAUGACGACCUUCUGAUGGCUUCUAUCAAGGGUUUGGCUGAACAAGAGGAUAAUAAGGGUUAUUUAAGAAAUGUGAUCACCGGUGAGCACUAUCGCUUCGUGUCGAUGUUGACGGCGCGGAGCUCCUACAUUGCUGCUUUCUUCAUUAUGCUGGUCUUUACCGUAUCAAUAUCGAUGCUGCUCAGAUAUGCUCAUCACCAGAUAUUUGUAUUCAUCGUGGAUCUGCUGCAGAUGCUCGAGUUCAACGUGACCGUGUCGUUCCCGGCGGCGCCACUGCUCACGGUUAUUUUGGCGCUAGUUGGUAUGGAGGCCAUCAUGUCGGAGUUCUUCAACGACACUACGACAGCUUUCUAUAUCAUCCUCAUUGUAUGGAUCGCUGAUCAGUACGAUGCUAUCUGCUGUCACACUGCGAUCGCCAAGAGACACUGGUUGAGGUUCUUCUACUUGUACCACUUCUCGUUCUACGCCUACCACUACCGCUUCAACGGCCAGUACAGCAGUCUCGCCCUUGUCACCUCUUGGCUCUUCAUACAGCACUCCAUGCUGUAUUUUUUCCACCACUACGAGCUGCCGGUGAUACUACAGCAAGCGCAACUGCAACAGCUUCUAUUACGAACUCACCACGGCAUGGGUGGAAUGAUGGGGCUCGCAGGUAUUGCUGCCCUGGCAAGUGGUGCGGCGUACCAUGACGCUCCCGGUACAGGUACGCAAGCUACUCCGCCCACGACUCAGUCCACGACGCAAACCGUUCAGAACACGGUGCAAUCUACUACGCAAACAUCGCCAUCUGUAUCCACCGCCCAAACUAACACCACUCAUACAGGUGAUGUAGUAUCCUCUCGAGUUACCACCACACAAACUACAGCAACAGGCACUAAUACUACAGCUAUUGAAGAAGAAAGAGCUGUAGCAACGCCCAUCAAUGAAUCGAUAAUAAAUGCAGACAAAACAAACUCUCUCGCGCCGACUGUGGAAAAGGCUAUAAACAUUCAAGAAAUCAAAAGAAAGAAAUCCGAAGACGAUAUUAAGACUGUUCGAAGUAGCAAUUCAGCUACUAUAAAUCUUGACAAUGAAAUCAGUAAUUUGCCGGGUAGAGCAAAAAAUGAUAACAUAACAAACUCUAACGUGGACAAAGUUGAGAGUUUAACUUUAGAUCGUAGACGAGUUGCAAGUGCGGAGAACGAAGACGGUCCUCCUUUUACAAGUACAGCAACAACUAUGGUGCAACGAGCUCCUAUAGCGAGUCCUGAGGCUGAUGAUUUAGACUAGAUUCUUAAUAUAAAUUAUCUCUAUGCUUUCUCUAUUAUAACAUGCAGUUUGUAUUUUAUAUAAGUUAAAAGAAUCUGAAGUCAUGGCCGUAAAGUUAAUAGGUAAUAUUUUGUGAAUUACUCUUAAGUGCAUUUGUACAUGAUAACUUUUUCGCGCGCAGUUGACUCGCGUUCAACAGCGCUGCAAACGCAGAUCGUACUGGUGCAAAGAUAAAAAUACGCUUAGUAUGAGAUUUUACAUUUUACUUAACGUUGGUAGCAUUCGAGCGCCAAAACACAAUAACGUCAGAGUAAAAUGAAUCUACCUUGCCUUGAAUAAGUCGAAAUUUCGGUUCCAUCGAUUUUAAUUUCGAAACGUAUUCAUCUGGAGCGCUGGCUGUAGAUGUAUGGACGAACUUGAUCUUUAAAACAAAACUGUUAAGAUCUAUUUUAGUCCAGCCCAAGUGUUUCGCCGCUCGAAUUCCUUCAACAUUGAUGUAAAAUCUUAUGCUAAGCACAGAGACUGUGUGCAUCUAAUUUCACUACAUUGUGAGUUGCAUUACAUUUAAUCUAUCUCGCUUCGAUGGCGCCUGAAAAAGUCGUCGCGUACAAAUCCUCGAAUGUAGAUGGUACUUAUUUAUCAUGGAACUCGCUAAGUUAAGCUCGGUUUAGAUUGUCUUAGUCAUGAAGGAAAGAAUUAUAAUGUGUUUAAGUAGUAUACUUAUACGGUUAAGAUGCGUGCAGCCGUUUCAGAGGUCUUUCGGUUUUGUAUUUCAGAACAUCAAAUCAAAAAUUUAUUUAACUGAGAGUUAAUUUGGUGUUUGUAAAAUAUUACAUUUUUUUUUAAAUUGUAAUAGUGCUAUAUAAUUUAUUGCUAAGGGAGUAAAAAACUCUGUAUUGUAUGGAAUAUAAUAAGUAAAUUAAAAAACUUUUUUUCGUUUUGUUGAUUAAAAUAUUAUGUAAAACUAGGAUUAGAAAAAUAAACCGUCGCAAAAUAUUUUUGUUUAAAUACUUAGUGUAAGUAAAGCUUUUUGAUGUAGUUGAAGUAAAGGGAUGAUUUAUACUAGGCCCGGGUCCGGAUAGGAGACUGUUCAAAUGAUUGUGGUAUGACAUUAUGGCUUACUCUAUUGUACACAUUCUCUAAACUAAAAUGGUCUAAAUGUGCUCAUUCUUUUUUCAAGACUCCCGCGGCAAAGGGGAAUUCAGACCGGUCAAGUUUAGAGAAUGUGUACAACAGAAUUAGCCAUACUGAAUGAAGUGAUUCCCAGCUACAACGUGCCGCGCCGUGUAUAGACGAGGCCUGGAUGCGCCACGGCGUAAACUGAACGCGGCCUAACUCCUAUGAUUUAUCAUUACAAUGUCUUGUGCUUUCUAAUAAUGUAGUUCCUUAGUUGUUAACUUUUUUUAAUUAUAUAAAGUUUAUUUAUUGUGCUCAAGAUAUAUAGCAAGAUGCAAUGAUGCAGUUUGACAACUGCCAACGCAAGAGUUUUGUUUAUUAUAAAUAAGUUUUGGUAGAGUAUGCUUUUUUUUUGUGUUAGGAACCCGAUAUUUGUCAAUGUACUGAGCACUACACCAAAUUGUCUCUCAAUGAAAUGGCCUUUUGAACGUUCGGCCAGUGCGUUGGACUAAUCCGGCAGGCCAACAUAUGCCGCUACUCAUAAGUAUGGCCAAUUACGCUAAGUGCUUUUGUACACAUUGGCCCAACGUUUCCUUAGGACCUUAAUGCUACUUUUUGAUAUCAGUUAAAAUUUUAUGGGUAACUCUCAUACGACAAGGUGAUUGUUAGUUUAAGUUAUGGCUGCCAUUACAGCAAGUGUAAAUACCUAGAUUCGAUAUUUAUUAGAAACUGAGCUCUUAGUACGAAUUUGCACAUUUCGACAACGUGACAGAUUUCAUCAAAACACUAUAAAAUAUUUAAUCUGCUGGUCGAUUGCAGAAUAUCUGCAUCAAUCAUUGCUAAAAUGUCAGCUGUUGUAUUUGGCUCAAUUUAUUGUAUUCCUGCUGCUACAAUGAAUUCAAACCAAUAGUGAGAGAGUGUCAGACAAUCAUAGGUGAUUUCGAUCGUCACACUUACUGCAAUUGACACCCGGCGUUACCGACUCUUUUACAAUGUUUCCGCAUGGUACGCUGGCUAUGGAUCUAUAGACGAAUCAAAUAAACCUUAAAACGAGCGAGUUAAGGUCCAUUAUACUGUAAUGUUAUGGUGUUUCAAAUUUCGAUACUCGAAAUCUAUCAACCUUAUCGAGAUGUGCAUUCUUAUACUAAGCUUACCGAUUGUGUAGCAUCAAGUUUUUUAAUUUGUUACACCGAAUAUGCUUAGUGAGAAGCAGUGGUGCUUGCUGGAGUCGGCGUAUUCAUUUGAUUCAGUGAUUUAGUUUAUUGCAAUAAAUAUUUUUGUUCAA